CGUGGCAUCGGCCACCUUUGUCGCAUUCCUACACGAUGGAUAAUCCACUAUUCGGUACCGCGCAUAUGCUGUAUGAAGUUGAUAAAAAAUUGAUGGUACUGCUGCACGAUGGGCGCACUUUAAUCGGGUAUCUGCGAAGCGUGGAUCAGUUCGCAAAUCUGGUGCUUCACCGUACUAUUGAAAGGAUACACGUCGGCAAUGAGUAUGGCGAUAUUCAGCGCGGUGUAGUGAUCAUCCGCGGUGAGAACGUAGUAUUGCUGGGAGAGAUCGACCGCGAGAAGGAAAGUAACUUACCGCUGAGGGAAAUCUCCGUCGACGACAUCCUGGAUGCGCAACGACGGGAACAGGAAGCACGACAGGAAAAGCAUCGACUGGUCGCGAAAGCACUGAAGGAGCGAGGGUUAAACAUGAACUCAGAGCUGGCGCAGGAUGAGUUUUAGUGUUGUCCUAUUUGUUUUAACAAACACGACUGCCGGUACGAUGAUACAGCUGAGAAUGUGAAGCAAUUUUUACUUUUACUUUAAAAUAUCAUCUAAAGGUCU